CGAAUCAGGGAGAAAGAAGAGAAAGGCCGGGAAGUAUUUAGCCGGACAGACGUGAUACUUCAGCACGUUCAAGAAUUACACCCUGAUAGGAGCCCCGAGCAGGUCCCUGUUCCUGUGUAUCACCCAACUCCAAGCCAGACCCGGCUGGCCACACAGCUGACAGAAGAAGAGCAGAUCCGGAUAGCGCAGCGGAUAGGCCUCAUCCAGCACCUACCUAAAGGAGUCUAUGAUCCCGGGAGAGACGGCUCCGAAAAGAAGAUCAGAGAAUGUGUCAUUUGUAUGAUGGACUUUGUUUAUGGGGACCCUAUCCGAUUUCUGCCGUGCAUGCACAUUUACCACCUGGACUGUAUAGAUGACUGGUUGAUGAGAUCCUUUACCUGUCCAUCCUGCAUGGAGCCAGUGGAUGCAGCACUGCUUUCAUCGUAUGAGACUAACUGAGCCAGGGUUUCUCUACUGAACCUCCAAGGAGACCAUCCACUUCAAUGGGUUUGAUCCUUUUGUCAUUCAGCCCAAAGAGCCAGGAAUUAGGAAUUAAGAUCAUGCACAAAGUAUACAUUUCCUAAUAAAUAAAUAAAAAAAAAAUAUUCCUGAAUGGCUGCAAAUAUUGGAAAACAUAGUAUUUUAGAGACUAUAGAAAAGUAGGUUGUUAUUUUUAAUGUAAAGCCUUGACCCACCAUUGUCUUUUAAUGUUUGUUCUUACACCCAUAUAUAGGAAUUGUGUAAAGUGUUACAGCAACUGUAAAUGUUUAAACUGCGUGUAUCCAAUUUUAUUAGCAGCAAGAUAAGAGUAUUUUUUUCCUAAAUAAAGUAACCAGUUUUGUUCUGAUUCUUUUCACAAGUCCUGGCAUUUGGGUCAAGGCUUUAUUGAAAUCUACAUUUUAUAACACUGGCACAAAGAAAUAGUUUUAAGCUUGUUUGCACAGUUCUUUUUCUUUUUUUUUUUUCAUUGGAGAUGGAAUUCAUUGCCUUAGGUCUUUUUAAUAGUGUAUUGUUAUUGUUGGGCUGGCUCUAUGCUUGAAAACCAGUUUAUUUAUAACCUGUUAAAAGUGCUAUAUUUUGUUUGCAGUUAGGAAUAUGCAGACUUCAAAGUGAUCUCCUAGCUUGUAAGCAAACUGAGAUGCAUUAUCCCUUUUCUACUAGUGAUACAGAAUAUGAAGAUGUAAGACCUACAGUGAAACUAUGGUUUCAUGGGUUUUUAUAACUUCCUUUGGUUUUGAUGAAAUAACAGUCCUUAAACUUUAAUAUGUGACCUUUAACUUGAUCAGAUUAAAAGUGGGCCGGAUGAACAAUAAAUAGUUAAGCUGCCAUAACUGGAAAAAAAAAUAUAUAUUUGGAACUAAUGUAGUGUUAGUAUUGAUCACUUAUUCUACUUUUUUCUCCCUAAAGAUGGUUGUCUUGGAUCAUAGCAAAUGGAUACUGCAUCUCUCGUUCUUGUAGUCCUUAGGUUAUCAGAAGUUAAGAAUAAACAUACUGUAUCUCAGU